ACGCCGAGCGAAGGCAUGGCAACACAAGGACAACUUUAUAAAAGACGGGGGCACGCCCUCCCGCCGUCCUCAGUUCAGCUCACCCUCUCAGCCCUCGCGACGGCAACACCUCCACAGACCAUCAUGCUCAGCCUCAUUAGAUUACCGCGAGUCUUCACCAUCAAUCAAAUCCCCAAAGUCUUCCAUGAGGACGGCAUCAUCUCGGGGUACCGACACCCCCGCAGCUCAGCCACCGACUGCAUCCUGAGCCUGUUCCAGCUGACCAAUGAGACGCUCAACAUCUGGACCCACUUUUUGCCCACCUGGUACUUCCUGUGGAAACUGGGGUCGGUGGUCCUGAUGCAGUCGGCGUGGCGGGACUCGUUCACCUGGCCCCUGGUGAUCUACCUGCUCUCGUGCUGCAUCUACCCGCUGGCGUCCAGCUGCGCUCACACGUUCAGCACCAUGUCGGCGCGGGCGCGACACAUCUGCUUCUUUUUCGACUACGGCGCCCUCAGCUUCUACAGCCUGGGGUCAGCGAUCAUCUACUCAGCGUACGUUUUCCCGGACAAGUGGGUGAACGGCUCCUUCCACCGGUGCUACAUCCCCAUCGCUGUAUUCAACACUGUCGUCUGCACCGGCCUGGCCUGCUACUCCAGGCUUGGUUUACCAUUUCUACAAUGCAAUCAUGACACCAUAAAGAGAUUCCCUGAAUGUCAGAGUCCAAAGUUCAGCAAAGUAAUUCGUGUUGUUGCCUUUGCCUACCCCUGCCUGUUCGACAACAUUCCUCUGUUCUACAGGGUGUUCCUGUGUGUCGGCGACGGCUGUACAGACAACGACACCAACCUCCUCCACUACAACCACAUCGCCCUGGCUUUCCUCACGGGCUUCCUGUUUGCCACACAUCUACCCGAGCGCCUGGCGCCUGGCAGCUUCGACUUCAUAGGUCACAGCCACCAGCUCUUCCAUGUGUGCGGCGUCCUCGGCACCCACUUCCAGAUGAAGGCCGUGGAACAGGACAUGGUGACGCGGCGCCCUUGGCUCCUCGAACACUCCAUCCCCAUCACGUUAUCCAACUCGGUGGGCGCGGCGCUGCUUUGCGUGGUGGUGAACUUGACUAUCAUCAUCCUCUUCAGUCUCCCGCUCCUCUCGGCACCGGCCUACAAAGAUAAGACAUGUGGCAGAAGCCCACAGAAAGCCUCAGCCAAGCUCUGCCCCUGCUGCUGAAACCUCCAGCUGCACUUGUCAUCUCUUUUGGAUCCCGGCUGUUCACGGGACGUGCGAACAGCGUGCAUUGUGGGUGAUUUAAAAACACUAAGGACUCAGAACUAAGAGGAUAGGAUGUAAUGUUUCAAUGAAGGAUGGGCAUUAGGCUUCUGGUGGUGUUUGGCCAGUUGAACUGGGGCAUUAACUGAAAAUGAGGGCAUCAUUUGCACAACUAUGCAAUUUAAAUUGAACACACACAAAAAAAACAUUUGUUACCAUAAUAAGUGAUGAAUCUAAAUGUUCCUAAGGAAACCUGUUACAGUGAUCAUUUAUGGUGCUUGUGCUUGUUCACGGCCAUUUGGAUUUUUAUAUCGAAUAAAAAAAAAACAGCGUGACGAUGACUCACAUACAAAAUACCAAAACAAAAGAGGCAGAUAUGACGAGUGAAGAUUUUUUUUUUUUUUUUGUUGCUUUGAGCUGCCUGUAAAGAAGCAACUUGAUUAAGAGUUUAAUCAAUGAUCCUGUACUAUAUUUCUAACUGAAUGGAUGUUUUUCUCACAUUGUUCCUUUGCUAAAUUUGGGUGUAAGUAUGUAAGUUCAAUGUUAUUUAUUAUGAUUUUAUUCUUUUUCAAAUAAACUUGAAACCAAACUUA